UAUGCUCUUAAGCAUCCUCUGCUUUUCCAUAAUUAGAGUGCUUAUUGUGUAAUUUAAUCAAUGGUGAUGUCUUCCCUAAUAAGCCAUCAGCUCUAUGAAAACUGGUUCCAUGUCUUUCUCUUUUCCUACUACAGGCCAGCCUAUAGGACUGAACCCAGUGUGUCAAUAGGCACUUGGAGAUUUUUGAAGGAAUGCGUGAAUCCCUCACCACUCUUUCAUGUGAGCUUAGUUGCUACAUUAAACUCAAAAGCAAACAAGGGCUGUAUCUUAUUCAUUUUAGUAACUCUAAGAACUGGCAUGGUAUUUGGGACAUGGUAGGCACUUGUUAAAUUUUUGAAUGAACGAAUACCUAGACGCAAGGCAGUCAAGACUGGCUUAUCUGGCCUAUCAAGGAAUGUGCUCCAACGGGAUACUCUUCCCUGAGAUCAAUUUGAGAAGAGGGUCUGUGGAUUACUUAGCUCUGAGAAAGCUACUUAUAGGUGGCUAGAAAAACCUUCAUUCCACACUAACAUCCGUAUUACCUAAUCUCACUAUUUUGUGCAAAAGGGAGAGUUAGGAUUAGAGUAUGUUCAACAGAGAAAUGGUCCCUUUUAACAAGGUCUAAAGUGUCUGCCUUAAAAAUAGAAGUUAGCAAACAGGUAUGGAUUAUCAAGUAGUGAUCUGGCUCAUGUAUUUAUAGACAUUACCAAGAUACCAUUUAUCCUACUGAGUGGUAGAAUAAAUAAAUUAGGUGAUUUUUUUUUAUAACCAAGACAUCUCCCUGACCCCAUAGGGAGGCAAUCUACUGUAUGAUUUUCUUUGGAGGAAUUUUGGUGUAACCAUCAAUGUUGUAACAUUCAGAUCUCCUAAAAUAAUUCAUCUAGUGGAAACAGCAUGUAAAAGAUUCAGAAAUGCCGUCAAUUUUAUUCUAGGCAUUUGCGAGAACAGCAUAUUAACAAUGAAAGUCGUUUGGAGUUAGAUCAACGUCUAGAUUUCCGUGUUUGCUAGGUGUUCAGAAGCUGGCUCUCACAUGUUGACUAAAACAUAAGUUGCCCUUAUUUAUCGGAGGAAUGCUAUUUCAGAGAAAUGAAUAAAUACCCGAAAACAACUCAGAGUAAAGCCUAAGGGGAAAGUUGGGCAGUUAGGCUACUUGUAUUUGCUUCUCCAUCCUGCCAUGUACAGAAGCUAUUUAUGAAUUGGUAAGUAGGUUCCAAAAUGUCUUCAAGGCCAGAAAGUGCAUUCAGAUGCUGUUGAGCUAUAGGAUCUAUUGGGAUUGAUUUGCCAAUAUCAAAGCAGAGUCAUAGCAAAGCAAAUGCAUUUCUCACAGUGAAAGAAUUUAUGAUCUUCCCAAUCCAGCCCAUCAGGGGGGAGAUGAGGCUUGAUAAAGGUUCAACUGAUAAAGGAAAGAAUAAAUAGGUAAAAAGUUGAAGACCUGGACAGUGGCAGAGAAUUUGGGGGGAUGGGGAGCAAAGGUAGUGUUGUUUUGUGGAACAAAGUAUUUGAGCUAAGCAGAGGUAUAAAACAUUAACAAAUUUAGUUGACACAGGUGUCAUAAAAUGACAUCUGAUGUGAAAUGAAGUAACUACCUAGGCUUUGUAUUUCUUUCAAACCACCCCCAAAAGUUUCAAGUUUAUCCUAGAAAAUGUACACAAAAGAUUUCGUUAAUUAGUUUCUUAUAUUCAAGAGAUUAUUUCAGGGAAAAAAAUCAUUUACUCAUGAGUACCUACUGUGUGCUAUGUCUUAUUCUCGGUGCUGAGUUAAAAAAGAGAACAUGUAUUGAGCAACAUUCUAAAUAGUUUCUAUUUCUUGGCACAUCCAGUCCUCAGAAGAAAACUAUGAACUGUGUAUUAUUAUUGAAUCCAUUUUAUGGGUGAGAAAACUGAGGCCCAAGUUAAGUCACCUUCCCAAGUCAGGCAACUAACAGUUGGCAAGGCCUGGAUUAUCUGACUUCAGAGGUCACUUUUGAAGUGACUAAGCUAUACUGCUAUGAUUCUGGAAGGGUUCUUGAAUUUUAGCCAGGCCUUGUUUUUACCGUGGGCUGUUUGAUGAUAAUGAUGCUGACUACCAUGCAUAGAGUGUCACUGUAUUAAUACAUUGUAUGGGUAUGUCCUGCAAGUCUCAUGACAGUGCAGUUAGGUCGGUGUGUAUAAUCCCUGCUCUGCUGAUGAAAACAACGAAGCUUGGGGGCAUUUAAGUAACUUUCUCAAGGUCACAGCUAGUCAGAGGUGGUGCUGGGUCUAGAUCCCAUUUUGUCUUAUGCUAAGGCCCAUGCACUUAAUUACCCCUCCUGGUCUGCCUCCUGUGAAAGAGAGUUAAUUCAAGAGAUGAGGAGGCAUUCUGUUUCAAGGUCUAUUAGAAACAGCUCCACCUUCUCUCUGGCUUUCUGGACAAGCACAGUGAAUUGAAAAGAACAGAUGCCGGUGGAACCCUUACGAAGCCAAGGCUCAGGCAUUUCGAUUAGGCUCUUUCUGGCGGCAGAUCAUUUUAAGGGUUCUAAUUAGUUAAUAAAUUCUCCCUGUACUCUAGAACCAUCGAGAUUUUUUUCUUCUUUCCAGAACUACAUCAAUAAAGGACUACAUGUCAAGUCAAAAAUAUGGAUUGAAAAGCUCAUGGAGAUGCAGACUCCUCAUUCAUGAGCCAAAUCCAGUUCUGAUCUCAUAGAGAAGAUGGACAAAUUCUCCACAUCUCUGGAGUACCCUUUGCGAUUACUUACUCACUUUGGGGCACCUAUUGACCUACCAUUCCACCAAAUACAUUUGAGAAAAAUUCACUGAGCUCCUACUGUGCACCAGGCAUUGUCGUAGGGUUGGAGUUGUCAAAGAUCAGUGAGGUGGGUUUCUCAAGCUGUCAGCUUUUCCAGAGUCUUUGACCUAAAUGAAUAUAGGGGGAUUUAAUUAAGUAUUACAAAGGUGAAAGGGCUUUGGUGAAAUUAGAGCCUCUGGGAUCCAAGUUUGGGAAACUGGCUAGUGACAGAAAUGGAUUUCUUUUCCAAUGAAGAGCUUCUUGAGAAGUGAGGUCUUAGGCUGAGACUUUUGAUAGUGAUUUCAAGGAAAUCUAAGUCACAUAACUUCUAAGCUAUCUCUCACCCUAUGCUUUUAUUUAUGCCAAUAAUUAAUUAACAGCCUGUUAUCUGGGGAGAGGAAGUUUCCUAUCAGCAAAGGGACACAUAAACGUUUCCUCUUGCAAAUACUCUUUAACUUUAUCAGAUUAGCCACAUUUCAAAGUCCAAUGUAAAGACCGGGCCUUCCCGACUGCUACCAUUUUUUUUUUCCACAUACCUCAUUAAACAUCUUUAUUUGAUACUUAAUGACUUAGCUUUGGAAUAGUUCAAAGUUGUCCCCAAAGAAAUUUUAAGUACCCUCUGAAGUCUUCACAGUCUCACAUGAAUAUGGUUUCAGAAUCAGAGAGACAUUCUCAUUUUCCUCUUCUUUAACAUAAAAUGUUAAUAAUACCAUCUUUAUUUUAAGUCCUUGUGCUGAUUACUAAGUAAUAUAUAUGUAAAACUCCAGCCACCAAAUAGGGAAGACUUCAAUAAAUUCUGUCACUUAGAAACUGCCAAAGAAUUUAAAACAAGGAUUCAAUACACAUUUUUUAAAGUGUUUAAAAAAAAGUGAACUCUCAUGGUGCCAUUUUUUUUGGUCCCAAAAAUGAAAUUGACAUGGAGUGUUUCAAAAAAAACAUAUUUGAAAUCUGCUCCAGUUCAUUUGCUGCCUAAUUAUGUAACUGAGGAAGGAAGACCACUUCCCUCUUUAUCGUCCUUGAAGAUCUGUAAGUGCCCUUCCCCCAUUCCCCUCCCACUUGCCUGAGGAAUCUUGGGUGGGGGAGGAGGCAGUAGCCUCCUCUUGGGAGGAGAGGAAGGACUAUAAAAACCAUUUUCUCCAGCCCUGGAUAGCAGAUCUUUUUCCCUUUUGGAACCAGCUUGGAAGGAUGAAAGAUGGAUACUUGCAAUUUGGAAAUGAAAACUGGAGUGAAGAAUUAAGAAGUCAAGUCUCUGGUCCACGUACACAUUCCUGGAGAAAUUCAGCACCCAGAGACCAGCAUCACUGGGAAAGCUACCCAAAAGUGCGGCUUCCACAGGGAGAAAACCAGCACGUUGCUGUCCCGCUCAGGACGGACCAAGAAGCCAUGAAAUCCCUGACUGAAGAAAACUUAGAAGAUUGCCUACUGAAUAAGGUGGACUUGAGGCGCCAGUGGAUUUCCCAGAUGGUGGAGGAGGUGCAGAAAGUUGUCCAUCAUCUGACCACAGAAGUCAGCCACCAAGACAUUAGAUUUCAAGCCAUUCCUUAUUCUGACACAUACAAUGAAAACAUUAAGGUUUUGGCCCCCACGCAGUUCCUCAUCACCGUCCCAGUGAAAGGCCUGGCGGGCUACCGGGAGGCCCGGCAGCAGCGCUGGCGCUACUACACCCUGCGGGGCGCCCGGCUCCCCUGCCCCCUGCGGGACCCGGAGCGCCUGCAGCAGUGGCUGGAGGUGGAGCAGUUUGCCAAGAGCCUGUGGCAGUGGCACGAGGCCGACGUGACCAUCGAGGGAGACAUCGUGCCCGCCAAGGUCCUCCAGGUGUUCCGGAAACUUGUGGAAAACGCCAUAGAAACCUGUCCCUUGUCAGGUAAGGUCAGCAUGCUGACGGACAGCACUGUGGUUCGCGUUGCCGUGGAAACAUCCUCAGGUCAGGUGGAAGUAGAGCUGACCCCCUCAGUGGAGAUCCCCACCGCCUGGUCCAAGAAAGCCCAGUGGCCUUCGUGUCUGAAGCGCUGGCCUGCCCCAGAGAGAGUGCAGUGCGUCAAGUCAUUUGGGUUUAGCUUGUUGGCCUGUUCAAACUAUCACUGGCAGCUGAGCUUCCUGCGGGCCGAGCAGGUGCUGCUGGAGCAGCUGGAUGAGGACGGGGGCUGCCGCAGGAAGUGCUUUCAGGCCCUGCGGCAGAUGAAGGAAGACGUCUGGUGUCCCGGGAAGAGGCCUGUUCUCACGUCCCACCACCUGCAGACAGUGCUCUUCUGGACUUGCGAGAAGUAUCCCGACCCGAAGGACUGGCGGGUCUUCAGCAAAGCGUUCCUGCGCCUGGUGAGGAAGCUGCACAAGUGCGUGAGCCAGCACUUCCUGAAGCACUACUUCGUGCGCAAGGGCAACCUCCUGCAGUACGCCAGCCCGGCCAAGCUGGACGCCGUGGCCCAGAAGCUGGCCUCCUUCCUGAAGGACCCCCGGAUCAGCCUGCCUUGA